AUGUCCUCAGCAACCACUACCACACGAGGUCGCGAAACGGUUAAAAGGCGCCAGACGCCGGCGCCCCCUCUAAGUGUAGUGAACGAAGAAACAUCAUCUUCUGUAAAAUCCAAUGGCGACGCCAACGGACAUACGAAUGGACAUGCGAAUGGACAUGCCAACGGAAAAUCUAAUGGAAACGCCAAUGGACAUGCGAACGGGCAUGCGAACGGACACGCGAAGGGCGACGGUCAUGAUGAAAAACAAGUUAUUGAUGGUUGGAUCCCAGGCGAAGAUCCUAAGAUUGACCACAGCAAUCAUUUUGAAUUUGGAGGAUCGUUGGGCACAUUCUUGCUCAUGAUCGGUUUCCCAUGCUUGAUGUACUACAUGUGGAUUGGAGCAACAUAUUACGACGGAAACCUACCUCUACCGGAGAAGAACCAAACCAUUCCGGAAUUCCUUGCACAUCUCUGCAACUUGGUUAUAGAGGGAGCUUGGCCUUCGUUCAAGGCUUGGCUUAUUUACUGGGUAUUCUUCGUUUUUGAAGCACUCUGCUACAUAUGGCUCCCUGGAAUCACGUUGACAGGACGACCUCUUCCUCACGAAGGAGGAAAGCAGCUGGACUACUAUUGCUCAGCCGUUUCAUCUUUCUACACUACGCUGAUUGUGGCCGGGGUUUUACAUUUCACCGGCCUUUUCAGAUUGUAUACCAUCAUCGAUGAAUUUGGACCUCUGUUGAGUGUAGCCAUACUCUCAGGCUUCCUGGUUUCAAUCAUCGCAUAUGCUUCUGCUAUUUAUCGUGGAGCCCAGCACCGCAUGACUGGUCAUAUUAUGUAUGACUUCUUCAUGGGCGCUGAACUCAAUCCGCGCAUGUUUGGCAUCCUUGACUUCAAGAUGUUUUUCGAAGUGCGACUUCCGUGGUACAUCCUUCUAUUGCUCUCCUUGGGUACUGCUGCACGUCAAUACGAGCUGUACGGAUACGUAUCCGGUGAGGUGUGUUUCCUUGUGAUGGCUCACUGGUUGUAUGCCAAUGCUUGUUCGAAGGGAGAGGAGUGUAUUAUCUCAACCUGGGACAUGUACUACGAAAAAUGGGGCUUCAUGCUUAUCUUCUGGAACCUUGCUGGUGUUCCCCUGAGCUACUGCCACUGCACAAUUUACCUCGCCAACCACCAUCCUGAUACUUACCGCUGGAACCGCUAUGCCCUCGCAGCUCUUUUUGUCGCCUACCUCUUCGUCUACUGGGUCUGGGACACUGCCAACAGCCAAAAGAACCGCUUCCGUCAAAAGGAGCGUAAUACACAGGUUUCCCGCAAUGCUUUCCCACAACUACCUUGGCAAACUCUUGAAGAUCCGAAAAAAAUCGUAAGCCCUCAGGGUACCAUUCUAAUCGACGGAUGGUAUGGACUGGCUCGCAAAGUUCAUUAUACCUGUGACUUGUACUUUGCGCUCAACUGGGGCCUUAUCACGGGAUUUAAGAGUCCCUUCCCCUGGUUCUAUCCCCUCUUCUUUGCUUGCAUGAUUUCGCAUAGGUGCUUGCGAGAUAUUCAGCGUUGUCGGGCCAAGUAUGGCGAUGCUUGGAAGGAAUACGAGAGAAAAGUUCCUUACUUAUUCAUCCCAUACGUCAUUUAA